ACACUUUGCCAAAGACUAUCCAGAAGGAGAAUGACUUAUCCACUACAUCUCCCUUGUUCUUCCCCACUCACUCUCCGAAGAGGAACCUCACGUCCUUCAUUGGCACUGCCUAUUACUAUUGCAUCGUUUCAUCUCUGUCGAGCCCAAACAAAACCCACAUCACCCACUUCCUUCUUCACAUAUUUCAAAUCCAAGUCCUUCAAUUGGGUCCUCUCAGGGGCUCUCACACUCGGUUUUUCUCUUGCAGUACCAGGAUGUGUGGAGGCUAAAGUUGGAGUAAACAAACCUGAAUUGCUUCCUAAAGAGUUUACUACUGUUAUUGAUGUAGCUGGCUUCCUCUCUGAUGGCCAGGAGAAGAGACUUGCCCAAGAAAUUUCAAAUAUUGAAAAGGAUACUGGAUUCAAGUUGAGAGUUUUGGCCCAGAAUUAUCCUGAUACCCCAGGAUUGGCUAUAAGAGAUUUUUGGCAAGUGGAUGAUAGAACUAUUGUCUUUGUUGCCGACCCUACCUUUGGAAAUAUACUGAAUUUUAAUGUGGGAGCUUCAGUCGAUUUAGAUGUACCGCAAAGCUUUUGGAGUCGUUUGGCUGGCAAGUAUGGGACUAUAUUCUACUGGAAAGAGAAGGGUGAGGAUGCAUCAAUUGAAGCAGCAGUUAUGGCAAUAUCUAGUUGCUUGAAAGAGCCAGUAGGCCCAAGAAACUGCUCUGAUGUCAAAUAAUAACAAACAGUGGAACCGGCCAAACAAGACUUUUCUCUCAUUUUCAGGUCUUUGCCAAUUUUCUCACAUGUUUUUCCGAAAUAUAAUAAAUUCUUUUAAGUCUGUCUUGAGAAAGUGGGUUAUGUAGAUCCCCACAAUUCUGAGUCGGAUACUUGAUGUAAAUACACAAACAUGUAAUGAAGUUCUUUAUGGGACAAACAAUGUGUUUUACGGGUUAUGAUAAUGAAUGAAAACUACAUCGAAUAUUCGAAUA